AUUUAAAAUUCAUUCGCUUGUCGAACCUCGUGCUGGAAAGUCAUCCGAGUUGGUGUCGUGGUGGUUGUUGUGAAAGCAAAGUGAACGCGUUGGCAGCUAGAUCCUACUAAGCAAAAGAUCUCAAGCUGUCCGCAAGAUAAUCUAAUUCUAAUGUAGAGUGCGGGUAUUUAAGUGCGCAGAUUUUUUUUUUUCAGUUGGAUUGAGCAACUUUUCGCUGUUAGAAAAUUAAAAGAAUCGCAAAGUUAAUUAGAAACUUAACUAAUAAAGCAGUGAAGUUAACAUUGAGAGUGACUCAAGUGAUUCGAUUUGAGUGAAUUUGAGUAAGGAUAUUAGAUUGGAGCAUUUGAAAUUCAGCAGAGUUGCAUCACAAAUAACACACACCGAGGAGGAGCAGCAAGCAGCAAGCAGCGCAUUCAGUUUGUACUUUAAAUUGCAAAUUUUCCAGUAGACGCGCCAACGCGCGGUUUCGUUCAUAGCCAUGCGUCGGCUGAUUGGUAUACUAUUUCUAUGUUUGAUUGGCUUUGGAUUAUUGGACACGACACGAGCUGAUAUAUCCCGAGAUGAUAUACGUGGAACCAUGCAGUCGCUCGUGUAUUCCUACAACCAGUUGGACAACAAAUUGGAACGGCACGAACAUCGUGAAAGGGCGCUUGGCGAAUUACUAAAGAAAGCUUUACAGAGUCUACAGAAAGGGCAAAAGAAUCUCGAACCACUUAAUGGUAUAUUUGGGCGUCUAGACGAGCGAGUCAGCCAAAUUGAAACAAUGUUGAUAACGCAAGAAGAAAAGUACAAUAUUCAAACUGAAAAGCUCGGCGAAACACUCGAGCACAUCUUCAAAUGGAUGCGAGAGAAUGAUGAAUGCUACAAACGACCACCAAUGCCGCUAGGUGGCCAAGCAAUCGCUCCAUCGCCGCCCAUCAUUCAAGCACCAGCAGUGUCGCCAGAGUUUAUUGCCGAACAGGAGAAAAUUAAUCGAAAUAUGCUCGAGCAUAUAGAAAAAUUAUCCUCGAAUGUCGAAAAACUGCUGGACGCCUCCAAGGAUAUGAUGGAGCAGACCGAGGUAGCAUUUAAGAGUGUACCAUCCACUGCAGAAAUGCUUACCAAAAUUGAAGACAAGCUGGUGAGCUAUAGUGUGAUAACGCCAGCGCCAGCGCCAGAGCCGGUGGAUAACUCCGAAUUCGAGAACAAAGUUUUUGGGAAAUUCGACGAGCUGGCAACUGGCAUACAAGAACUACGCGCGCAACCCAAGCCCCAUGAAGGACUGUCGGAGGCAGACAAAGAAUUAAUACAUGGACUGACGAACGAUACGCUCGCUGCGAUCGAAAAUGUGAAGACCAAUGUGCAGAGUGUGACAGAGCAAGCGCAAGCUGGCACAGCCGCACUCAUCAAGGAGACCGAGCAAAGUCUUGAGACUGGUGCUGCUAAAAUUUUGGAAGGCGUUACCGAGCAGGCCGACACGCUCGAGAAGUUCUACAACGAAAUGAACACUAGCUACAGCAAGUUGAACGAUGGCCUCGAGAUCUUCAGCAAAUUCAAUAACAUUCUGAUGGCCAACUCCGAAUACGUUUUAGACACGCAACGCAAGGUCGAAUUUGGCACCUUGCAGACAGUGCAAAAGAUCAACGAUCUGCUUGACAAACAACGAGAAGAGAUCGUCGAUUUGCUGAAGGCACGCUUCGACGCUGUUGACGAGAACGUAAUUGCUGGACAAAUCGAAACCAUGCAGAAUCUCAGUUCGACUAUCGAAAGCGAAAUCAGCCACGUCUGGCGGCAAAUUUCCAUUAUGAAUGCCGAGAUCAUCGACAACAAGGAUCUGCUUAGCCUAAUGCAGGGACGUAAUGAGGUGUUCGUGAACAGCACUUUCCUCAGCAUGGCUUCGAUGGGCAAUAAGGUGGAGGACAUUAAGGGACGCAUGUUGGAUAUGGAUACAAAUUUGAAUUAUCUGCUGGGCAAACUCUCUCUGAUGUCACAGGAAUUUGGAGCCAUUAAGCAAGGACUCGCCGAAUCGCUGGAACAGUUGCGUAACACCUUCCAUGUGAUGCAGGAGAAAAUACCUGCUGCGGGACCAGGACCGCAUAAUAUUGCAAAAAAUGAAUAUGAGACAGAGGUGAAUUUGUUGAAUAAGCGUCAUGGGGGGAGCGCAGAGCAAUAAGUAAUUAAAAA